CAGAAAUAAACAGUAUCCUCCUCUGAGGCUCUGGGCCCAUUAAUCUAAUGUAAACACAUGUCCAGAAACCAAAGUACACAAACCUGUCUCUUGUUUGACAUCCGCACAUAUUCCCAACAGCCAUGGAUGAGUAUAUCGAUAGUCUCACUCAAUAUUUAGAGGCCGAGAAUGGCCAAGGGCUGGCGUAUUCGCUCUCAUGCAAUGGUCGGCAUACAAAAAAUGUUCGCAGAGACGCUUUGAAAACUAUCUACUGGGAACGACAGAUUAAGGAUAACUUCAGUGAGUGGGCGGAUGACUACAUCCCACUUUUCAUAAGCCAUGUCAAGAGCCUUCUAGCGAAUAAUCCAAAGGAUCGCUUUGAUCAAGAGUACGACCUCUGCAAUGCCUUUCUACAAAUAUUUAGCCAAAACGAGGCUGUCGGGUGGGCUAAUCCGGCCCUGGGAUUGGUUUUGAAAGACUUGCGUGUUCUCGCAGACCAAGCAGACAUGGGAACCUCUGGAAAAAACGAGUAUAAGGAGAAGUCUGGUAGGCUAAUGAUGAAGCUGCUUGCACCGGCUUGUAUGGAUAAAGACGAAUCAGAGAAUUCGCGGCGUUGGGCAUCAUUGUCUGUUGCCAACAAUCUAUUCAAGCUGUUCUCCAAGCUCAAUCUGAGCAUGUGCGACCAAACACGGGCGACGAUAUAUAAUAACUUUAACGAUGCUUAUAUAAAUGAAAGGUUUCCUAUAUCGCACGUAACGACCUUCCGAUAUCUUGUGGGCUACCAACAUUUCUUCAAAGGCAACUAUGAUGAGGCCCGCAUCCAGUUUGGAUAUGCAUUCGAUUUCUGCUCUCGACAGUUCCCGAAAAAUAUACAACUUAUACUUCUGUAUUUGAUUCCCUUGAAUCUGCUAAAGGGCAUAACACCUACAGAAGGUCUACUGAAGCUCUACAAGUUGGAUCAAUACAAAAGUAUUGUUCAUGCAUUGAAAGCAGGCGAUGUCAGGGCGUUUAACAUGGCGCUCAAGGAUCAAGAAUCCUUUUUAGAAAAAAGGGGCUUGUUCUUAUUGAUGGAGAGGCUCAAGACCGUCGCGUACCGCAACCUUCUCCGAAAAGUGUGGUUGAUUAAGCUCAAGGAGUGUCAGCUGGCAGGUACCCCUUUCAACGGCCGGAUCAGGCUGGAAGAUUUCAGAGUUGCCCUUCAAUUCGUACAUUAUAAGUGUUCCCUUGAAGAAGUGGAAUGUAUCGUAGCUGUUCUUGUUUUCAAGAAAUUUGUGAAGGGUUACAUAUCCCACGGUCACAAAUUGCUGGUCGUCAGUAGGAAAGCAGAAGAUGUUACAUUUCCUCCGAUCAACGAUUGCGACUCCUAGUAUGGGUACGAAUCGCCAUUGUGCAGUUUAGGAUAGAGGGCAAAGCGACAAGGCUGACAACGAGAACAACGCUUGGACAAACGGGAUACGUUCGUCGUUCGGAGAACAUCGCAAUCGCUUGCAUAUGGUAGCUACCUAUGCUUUAUUUAUUCAAUGUUUUUGAGUUGGGAGCAAAUUCGCGAUGUGAAAGCAGAUAAGUCAGAUGAGAGGUUUUGACGUGUAGUUGUAAUAGAAUGGAAGCUUUUAUCGAUUUUCUGAUGUUUUUCACCGACGAUUUCGACGCUUCUGAUAUGCAUAGGUUUUGUCAGGGUGACUGGGCAGCAUUGUUGGACAUUUUUCAGCUUAUACUCUAAAUAUAUGUGAGUUUGCUAAGGUUUAGCAUAUGUGGUAAAAUGCAACUAGUCAUUAUCGCUGUUACAAUACGCUGCAAUGAGGGCGGAGUACUAUACAGAGCCUACUGUGAUAAUAUUCAAACAGCUACUCUAACAGAUAUGUGAUUUUGGUAGUACCUUAUCACACAUAUCACACACGAGCAUUCCUGGAAAUAUCGUUGUGCUCGAACUGGGCACACACUGAAAACCGCAAGCCUUUGAAAAUGGUGAAAUUGCACUGUAUCCGAAUUUAAACCCUCAUAUAUAUUUUAUUAUGUGAGGCAUCGGCAUGAUAUAUACAAUAUGCAUUUGUAAGCUGAUUUCGCGGUUGAACCUUGCACUCAGUGUAUCGUCAGAAAGUGGGUGUUAGGGAAUUUCGUAAGGUGUGCGCCAGUUCAUGUUGUUACAAGUAAUGCGCAACAACCCGGACAGAUAUCAAAGGAGGGUGCAAGUCACAAUUCUAGAUCCGUAGUUGUUAGGUGACGAAUCCCGAGCCAGCAGCUUCAUUGCAUCCAAAAGUCUCUGUGACCCCGACAUGAAACCGUUAACAGCCCAAUCCGAGCCCCUUGUCUUGUCUAGGUCGGAUUUUUGUUGUCGAAUGUAAGGCCGCUGUAUCGGACGGGCUUCGGACGAAAGAUACAUGUUUAUUAAUAAAAGUAAAGCUUAAGACAAGAGUCAUUCCA